AUGGCAGCUAAUGUGCUGGAAGGAGACUCAAUGGAGCAAGACGUGGAGAGCCCUGUUACAAUCCAUCCACCUAAGUUGCCCAAACAAGCCAGGGAAGAUCUGCCAAAGCACUUAAGCAAAGAAUGCACCAAGAGGAAAAUUCAGAGAUAUGUUAGGAAAGAUGGAAAAUGCAAUGUCCACCAUGGAAAUGUGAGAGAAACCUAUCGUUACCUGACUGAUAUCUUCACUACCUUGGUUGACCUCAAAUGGAGAUUCAACCUUUUGAUUUUUGUCAUGGUUUAUACUGUCACCUGGCUGUUCUUUGGAUUCAUCUGGUGGCUAAUUGCUUAUAUCCGAGGAGAUUUGGACCAUAUAGGAGAUAAGAAAUGGACCCCAUGCGUCAGUAACCUCAACGGGUUUGUCUCUGCCUUUUUAUUCUCCAUAGAGACAGAAACCACCAUUGGGUAUGGCUUUCGGGUCAUCACAGACAAAUGUCCUGAAGGAAUUAUCCUGCUUUUAGUUCAGUCUGUUUUAGGAUCUAUCGUCAAUGCUUUCAUGGUUGGCUGCAUGUUUGUAAAAAUAUCCCAGCCCAAGAAGAGGGCAGAAACCUUGGUGUUUUCUACCAAUGCCGUAAUUUCUAUGCGAGAUGGAAAGCUGUGUCUGAUGUUCCGGGUUGGGGACCUUAGAAAUUCACACAUUGUGGAAGCAUCAAUACGAGCCAAGUUAAUCAAGUCAAAACAAACAAAGGAGGGGGAAUUUAUACCACUUAACCAGACAGAUAUCAAUGUUGGUUAUUACACCGGGGACGAUCGUCUGUUUUUGGUUUCACCACUGAUCAUCAGCCAUGAAAUAAACCAACAGAGUCCUUUCUGGGAGAUUUCCAAAGCCCAAUUGCCCAAAGAAGAAUUAGAAAUAGUUGUAAUCCUAGAAGGAAUGGUGGAAGCAACAGGGAUGACAUGUCAAGCCCGAAGUUCUUACGUUACCAGUGAGAUCCUGUGGGGUUAUCGUUUUACACCUGUUCUCACACUAGAGGAUGGAUUUUAUGAAGUUGAUUACAAUAACUUUCAUGAAACAUAUGAGACCAACACACCAUCUUAUAGUGCCAAAGAACUGGCAGAGAUGGACAGUCGAGCAGAAUUACCCCUCACUUGGUCUGUGUCCAGCCAAUUAGACCAGCGUGCCGAAAUGGAUGCUGAAGAGGAGUCCAAAAACCAUGAAGAACAAGCUGAAAGGAAUGGUGAUGUGGCCAACUUAGAGAAUGAGUCCAAAGUUUAG